GUUUGCCAACAGAAUAUUUUGGUGUAUGCUUUUCUGUACACACUUUCACACGAUGGUUUGCAGGGAAUUCAUGCUGUACGUCUUGCUGGUGCUGAUGACGCUGUCGUUCUUGAUCGGCGUUUUCGGAAGGCAUAUGAGCAACCUUCUGUGCGUCCCAUAUCCGACGGUUGUUUCCCUGAUCUGCGUCGAUUCCAACGUUAAACAGCGUUACGUCAAGUGGAUUACGUACUGGAUCAUUUUUGGUUUUGUCAACUUGGCGGAUAUGAUGUGCCCUGUGAUGUCCAAGCUACUACCUCAGUUUCACCUGUGGAGAACGCUGUUUCUCGCCUGGUGUUUCUGUCCGUACGAGUGGAACGGCUGCCGGGUCGUUCGUGACGCCCUCUUCAGCAGCAGGAACAUGAGGAUCCUGAGGAUCGGCUCCUACGUCGGCUACGAGGCAUUCAGAGUUGUCACAGUACACUGAUUGUUCACAUAAACUCUACGGAUCUGCCAGCUGCAAAAUGAAUAUAAAAAGGAGAAAGAGUGACAACACAUGCUAGCUAUGUGUAAUA